UACGUAUCCCAAAAGGCUUGGCGAGGCGCCGCUGACUGGUGCAAGCCAGGCGGGCUACGGCGUGAGGACGUUCAGGGACGCUGGCGCGCGGGAUUUAAACUGGGCGGUUUACGCGGCGUCAAAACCCCGUAGGAUUGGCAGAGUUGUACCUUCUUGCCGUUUGGUGUGUUUUUUCCGGCGCAUCUGCGGACUGCGCAAUGGAGUCGUCGCUUCAGGACCGCUUGUUCCCCGGUCUCGACAUCAAGAUCCAACGCAGUAAUGGCUUAAUUCACAGUGCCAGUAUAAGGACUGUGGACCUGGAGAAAGCCUGUGUUUCGGUGGAAUGGACGGAAGGAGGUGCCACAAAGGGCAAAGAGAUUGAUUUUGAUGAUGUGGCAGCAAUAAACCCAGAACUCUUACAGCUUCUUCCCUUACACCCGAAGGAUAACCUGCCCCUGCAGGUGAAUGUAACGAGACAAAAACGCAGAUCAGUCAACUCCAAAAUUCCCGCUCCAAAGGAAGGUCUCCGAAGCCGCUCCACUCGCAUGUCCACUGUCUCAGAGGGUCGCAUCACCACUCAGGAAAAUAAUAUGGAGGUGGAGCUGCCUGCACCCGCAAACCCCCGAAGGCACUUUUCAGUUCCCACUGGCCCUCCUAGGAACGCCUGCCCUGCGGUGGCUGAAACACCAUUUCCGAUGGUCAGCGAGGAGGUGGAAGAGCAAGUCCAUUCCAUUCAAGGCAGCUCUUCUGCAAACCCUGUGAGCUCAGUUCGGAGGAAAUCGUGUAUUGUGAAGGAAAUGGAAAAAAUGAAGAACAAACGAGAAGAGAAGAGGGCCCAGAACUCUGAAAUGAGAAUGAAGCGAGCUCAGGAGUAUGACAACAGCUUUCCAAACUGGGAAUUUGCCCGGAUGAUUAAAGAAUUUCGGGCUACUUUGGAUUGCCAUCCACUUAAUAUGACUGAUCCUAUCGAAGAGCAUAGGAUAUGCGUUUGUGUUAGGAAACGCCCACUGAAUAAACAAGAACUGGCCAAGAAAGAAAUAGAUGUGAUUUCUGUUCCUAGCAAGUGUCUGCUCUUUGUACACGAGCCCAAGUUAAAAGUGGACUUAACAAAGUAUCUGGAGAACCAGGCGUUCUGCUUUGACUUUGCAUUUGAUGAAACAGCUUCAAAUGAGGUCGUCUAUAGGUUCACAGCAAGGCCACUGGUACACACAAUUUUCCAAGGUGGAAAAGCAACCUGUUUUGCAUAUGGUCAGACAGGAAGUGGCAAGACACACACAAUGGGUGGAAACCUCUAUGGGAAAGCCCAGAAUGCAUCCAAAGGAAUCUAUGCGAUGGCCUCCCACGACGUCUUCCUCCUGAAGAAUCAGCCCCGUUACCGGAACCUGGGCCUGGAAGUCUAUGUGACAUUCUUUGAGAUUUAUAACGGGAAGCUGUUCGACCUGCUCAACAAAAAGGCCAAGCUGCGAGUGCUGGAGGACGGGAAGCAGCAGGUGCAGGUGCUGGGGCUGCAGGAGCACCCGGUGAGCUGUGCUGACGACGUCAUCAAGAUGAUCGACAUAGGAAGUGCCUGCAGGACCUCGGGGCAGACAUUUGCCAACUCCAACUCUUCCCGCUCCCAUGCCUGCUUCCAGAUUCUUCUUCGAGCCAAAGGGAGAGUGCAUGGCAAGUUCUCUUUGGUGGAUCUGGCAGGGAAUGAACGAGGUGCGGACACUUCCAGUGCUGACCGGCAGACCCGCAUGGAAGGCGCAGAAAUCAACAAAAGUCUCCUGGCUCUGAAGGAGUGCAUCAGGGCCCUGGGACAGAACAAGGCUCACACCCCAUUCCGAGAGAGCAAGCUGACACAGGUGCUGCGGGACUCCUUUAUCGGAGAGAACUCAAGGACCUGUAUGAUUGCCAUGAUCUCACCAGGCAUAAGCUCCUGUGAAUACACUUUAAAUACACUAAGAUAUGCAGACAGGGUCAAGGAGCUGAGCCCCCACAGUGGGCCCAUUGGGGAGCAGCCAGUUCAGAUGGAAAUAGAAGAGACAGAAGCCAGCUCGAAUGGCUCCCUGACCGCAGACAAUUUUUCCAAGGAAGAAGAAGAAGAACUGUCUUCCCAGAUGUCCAGCUUUAAUGAAGCCAUGACCCAGAUCAGGGAGCUGGAGGAGAGGGCUGUGGAAGAGCUGAAGGAGAUUAUACAGCAAGGGCCAGGCUGGCUUGAGCUCUCCGAGAUGACUGAACAGCCAGACUAUGACCUGGAGACCUUUGUGAACAAGGCAGAGUCUGCCCUGGCCCAGCAAGCCAAGCACUUCUCAGCCCUGCAAGAUACCAUCAAGGCCUUGCGUCUGGCCAUGCAGCUGGAAGAGCAGGCCAGCAAACAAAUGAGCAGCAAGAAACGGCCCCAGUGACGACUGCAAAUAAAGAUGCUUGGUUUCACGCCAGCCUUUCACCAUCUAACCCCUCCCCGGGAACUUUGGGCUCAGGUUCUGAGCUGAAACAGGCUUUGGUAAAUGCCAAGUAUUGGGGCAUCAGGGCCGGACAGACGGGGAGGGCAUCAGAGUGAGAGGGACACUCCUUUUCCUCAACUGGAGCCUUGAAGGGAGCAAGGAUGGGAGAAUGGGACUUUUAACUAUCCGGUGUGGCCCUUCUCUCCCAGUGGGGAAGGCUGGUGGCACAGAGUUUUCCCUCGGUCUGCAUUCUGCCUGUGUGGACUGGCCACUGGUGGAGGGCUCCCUGGGGUUGUCCUGGCUCUGGGCAGAGGCAAGGAACCUUAGUUCCGUUCUGCUGGCUGUGGUCUGCCAUCCACACCCUUGGUCUGGGCACUAAUAUGUCUUGUAUUUUAGAAGUUUCUAGAACCUCUUCCUUGCUGUUUUUUUAGAUCCAAGAGAAUCUUGGCUUGUUUUCUGUGUUGUGUUUUUACAUUGUGUCUAACAAUAAAGAACCGGGAAAAA